CAGCAAUUUGUUCCAGAGGUAAGCAUAAAAAAUAUUCUCCUCUAAUUUCUAACUUUAUUGUACUAACGGUUUUUUGGAUAACGCUCCGUCUCAUCCACCUGCAGCAGAUUUAAAAUCUAGUGAUGGUAUGAUCUUUGUAAUGUUCAUGCCUCCGAACGUUACACCACCUAUUCAGCCAAUGGAUCAGAAUGUGCUUAGGCUUACCAAGCUUUUCUAUAGGAACAGUCUUCUUAGUUCCAUUAUUACUGGAAAUGACACUGUAGGUGAAGCCCUUAAGAAAACUAAAUUAAGGGAUGCAGUGAUCCAUUUAAUGGCCGCAUGGGAAAAACUAAACCCAGACAUGAUCUCAAAAUGUUGGCGAAACAUUCUUGACUUUACGGAUGCAUUAGAUGAGGACGACUUGCCUCUAUCACGCAUAAGACAACAGCUAAUUGAAGAACGAGCUGCCGACCCAAUAAGAGACACAAUAGCACUUUUAGGCGCUAUAGGGCCUGCGGAAUACACGGCUGUAGACAUUGAAGAAUGGAACAAGGAUUCAGUGAUAGAAGGAGCGAGCCUGGAAGAAGCUGAAAAUAUGGAUUCAAAUGAGAGUGGCAUUGAAAUCGAGGAACAGCCAAUAAUUACAAUUAAACAUAGCGAAGCAGUCCAGGCCCUUACAGUAUCAGUAGAAUGGGCUAAACAAAACGCAAUAAAUUUAUCGGAUAUUACAACUCUAAAAAACAUUCUUGAAAAAGCAGUUUUAGCUAACAUUUCGGCCAAACAAACUCAGUCAAAAAUAACUUCAUAUUUUAGAACUAAUAAUUAGUUUCAUGUAAUGUACAUAGAUAUUAAGCACUUGAUUUUGAUGUACGAUUAAACGAUUUUUAAAAUAUUAAUCCGUAUUUUAUUAUGUAUUUUUACUACCUUCAAUAAU